AUGGCUUGGGAUCCUGCAGAACUCAACUAUUUUACCUUGAUUAUUUGCUUUAUUAUUGAAACAGCGGUGACAGCGCAUGGUUUAAGUCCUCCAGAUUUCGUUAGUCCCUGGCAUCCCAUAACUGCCUACUCAAACCCAGAGGUCGUCAUCAACCACAAUUUAGGAGAAAUGCCCAUGAAACUUGACGUGCAGGUACAAGUGUCCCAUCCUGUUCACGGCACCAUAACAAUAUUGGCAACUGGAUCCGGUCAAAUUGGGAGCGAUCCAACAAAACCGUACGGAGGAGUUAUCUAUCUUUAUAAUUCCAAUUCUGUGAAAAUAAUGGCACCUGGACCAAGCACUUGUACAUCAUCUUCUUGCCGUGGAGGGGUGGCAUAUUUCAGCGACGCCGGGUUUACGGGACCGUCAGCAGUUAGCGGGGUUAUCCAAUCCGGUAACGUCAGAGUCCGGGCCUGGAAAACGUGCACAUUCGUCAAACCAUCGGCGGUCUCCGCAGGAUAUCCAAUCAGUAGCACAACAACAAAUAACUAUCGUAAGAUCUCGUCCGGAGUACUCCUGGAUCUCGUCCUUGUUAAGGUGUUCUUUGAUGACGACUGGAUCAUGGAUGCACAAGGUACGGUCUCCUUGACGGACGGAUCCAACGUAGGAGGCGUGCAGUACGUGUAUGACACUCAACACGUGUAUGUCAGGACACCCAGUAAUGGGAAGGUUUUCAGUGGAGUAGGCUGGGGCAGUAGCGGGGAUCUAGUGUACACUAACGGAACUGUUCGUGUGUACUCGUGGAGUUUCAUGGAGCUAGAGAACGACCCCGUCCUGGAGACGGUCCUCUACUCCGGUACCACAAACCCCACUCUACAGAAGAUGACCUACAAUCCCACAAAUCAAUCUAUUAUAUUCAUAGUCUAUGCAGCAUCUCGAAAUUUGAACAACUUUGGCCUGAAAUUCCCACUGUCGGGAACGGCCAUGACCAAUGGCGAGGGGAUUACCGGGAAAUAUGGGUCUUCUUUCUUUGCGUAUGACGAACAUAACGUGUACUUUUGGAGGCCGUCGUCCGAUAACGGAUGUGGAACCUUGGUGGGUGGACAGUGGGCUAGCAAUGUGCUUGACGGUGUUACAGACUGUUCGCCGUCCCCGGAUGUCCAUGUUAAAUUCAUGCUCGCAGCUGUAGAAGAACUUCCUUGUGGAGAGAAAGGAUGUAAUGGGCUCCCCGCCGGACCGUUCUGUGACUGUGAGGGAACAGGAUUCGAGGGUCAAUACUGCACAAUGCCGGUGGCGUGCCCUAUUUUGGUUCCUGGAGUUGAUGCUGUUAUGGCCAUCUUUGAGGACAGAGAAUACAAAUAUCUGGAAUGGGUGACGUUUUCCUGUCUGGAGGGGUACCAAUAUAGUUCAGGAUCGGAGAACAGAUCGUGCCUGGCUAACGCAACCUGGAGUGGGGAGCCAUACACCUGUACACCGAUUCCUUGUCCAGACGCGGAGCCCGCCAUCCUUGGAUUUAUUAAUGGAACAUACAACAAUUGGUUUGGGGAAAACGUCACUUAUGCAUGUAACCCGGGCCAUGACAUUCUCUCAGGAAACAUCGAACGAACCUGUCUGGCUAACGCAACAUGGAGCGGAUCACCACCAGAAUGCGCUCUAAGUUGCGGAUACCCUCUCCCUCCGCCAAUGAACGCCUACCAGACAAAUUCUGGCCGAACGUACGGCGAGGUAGCCACGUUUGCGUGUAACAAGGGCCAUGAGUAUGACUCUGGGGACACGGCCAUGCUCUGUCAAACAACUGGUCUGUGGAAUGGGACGGCGCUCAGCUGUAAAAGGAAAGAGUGUGGUUGGCCCAGCAAUGGAACAAACGCGGAUAUUUCGGAGGUUUUCGGUACCGCAUAUCAGGAUGUAGUCAGAUACAAAUGUCAUCCGGGCUACAACUACUACCAUUCAUAUAAUGCUAUGUACUAUACAACCAUCACCAAGAGAUGUUUGUCGAAUGGGAAAUGGGAUUCCCCUCCCACCUGCAAUAAGGUAAACUGCGGUGACCCGGGGACUCCUCAGAAUGCGGUGUUGGACCACACUCGCAGUACCGUUGGAAAUUAUGAGUAUGCCUCCAUCCAGAGUUACUCUUGUCACCUGGGCUAUGGGUUGGUCAAUGGAGGUCUGGAAAUAGAGUGUACGCAGUACGGAAACUGGAGCAACACAGCGCCCUCUUGUGAUAUACGAAAAUGCUCAUAUUUUGGGAAUGUUAGCAACGGACAAGUGUAUUACCAAGGACUGGAGUACCUAAACUAUGCUGUGACGGUGUGCGAUCAAGGUUAUGCGAUAGCUUCCGGUUCCUCAUCGCGCAUGUGUGAUGCAGGGGGAUACUGGACAGGGACAGAUGCAGUGUGUCAACAAAUCAGUAUCAUAUAUUUCAUAAACCCAGGCAAUACCAACACCACAUUACCUAGCUUAGAUGAACUUGAAGACCUUAAAAAGGCAAUAAGAAUUGAUCGAAGAAAUACGUCAGCUUAUCUACGAAGUCUAAAUUCCCAGGACGACCCGCGACCUAGCGCCUUAGCCAUCGGCGUAUCCGGGCUCCUCAUUUUAUUAGGAAUAUGUGGAUACAUCUGUUCACUUGACUUAAUUAAGCACGUCCGGGUGAAUGGAAAAGUGAAAGUAACGCAAGGUAUGAAACAGAAUCCGGACGCCAUAGCUAAAAAUGGAACGAGCGACAAUUACGUCCAGAAAGGCAAAAAUAAGGAAAAGGGACGAAAUGACCUGGACGAGUCGAAUUCAGUUGACAACGUAGAACAUAUCUAUGCGUGAAGACGAGGUGGGCGAAAAAGAACAUACUAAAAAGAUAUACUAAUAUCAUUAUAGUCUGUUAUAGUUUGUCUGUUUCCUGUGUUAGCAGGACAACGAACGCACCACAACCUAUCUCAUGUUCAGAAAGAUUGUAUUUGGGAGUUCAUUCAUCGUCACCUGUAGCAUUUUUCUUUCGCUAGCUAAGGGACGUCUAAGCCUGAAGUUCUAUUCGAUGUGCGUUUACAUGUAUUAUAUACUAUUGCUUUGACCAUGCAUUGUAUAACACAAUGUGCGCUGCAUAACUAAUUGUCUCUUUGAAAAAUGUGUUUGCAGAGCACACAUAAGUCCACAUUCAUUAAACGUUAAGGCUACACCUGUAGAUCCUAAACAGUUUUCUAAUCAGAUGAUAUUCCAGUACACUGUUUGUGCAUGUAUCUUUCUUUAAUUGUGAAAAACAUGGGUCAUGUUCAGGUCCGUAGGCAGGAUUUUUCAAGGGGGGGGGGGGGGUACAUAGACUCCCAACACGAGUCUAUCACCUCGCACCGCGAGGUGCCACUACGGCAGGGGGCCUGGGGUAUUUGGUGCAAAAUCCUGCAAUCUAGCAAUUUCCUGGCACUUAAUUUGAAUUUUGGAAUCAUGCCUUUUUUACUAUGAAUUUUCAUGAUUUUCAUAAAAAAUCCCGACUUUAAUAGUCACAAUUCAAACAAAAUGCCGACUUUAAUAGUGCUUAGUAGUUUUCAAGGGGGGGUUCGUACGAACCCCACGAACCCCCCCUGGCUACGGGUGUGAUGUUGUCACUUUAUUCUUUCUUGCUUAGAGUUGUAACAUUUAAAGCUGAAAUGGAGUAUAAGAAGUUGAAUUAUAGGGACUAUUAUUUUAUUGGAGUCAACGGGGUAGUAAAAUAUUACUUUAUUCUAUCAAUUGAAAUUUUUUUUUUUUAAAGUGACUAAUGUCGCCAGUAGACCAAAAUCAUAGAAAUAGAAGGUUUUUGGAAGUAAAUUUGAAUUCUAUUCGUCAAAAGCAAAUGAGAACUAUAUAAUUACAUAUUUUGAAUUUGCUUCCCUUUCGAGGUUGGUUUGGAUAUCAUGACCUUAUUUUUUAAGGAAAAACAUUGAGAAAACAAUCACUCUCUUACAAUCUAAUUAAAAUUAGAUGUUAGAUCCGCUCACAUACUCGGAUCUAACAUCUAAUUUUAAUUAGAUUGACUCUCUUAUAAUUUCCAAUAAGCCUACUUUAUUUUAUGUCAUCUUGUAUCGUAUUACCGGUCGUGGUAGAGCGCUCGCUUCGUAACAGAGAAGUCGUGAGUUCCAGCCCCGUUUGUGUCGAGUCAAACUUGAGACGUUAACAUAGGUAGUGAUUGUUCCUUCGCCAAACGUUCGGCAUUUAAAAGUGAGAAUCACGGGUCUUUUGGAUAUUACCUUAAAGACGGAGGUCCCGUUACGCGACAGAUAUUGUAUGGGUGUGAAGUUUGGGGUAUUGGUAAUUAUGAAUGUUUAGACUGGGUUCAUUAAAAAUUUUGCAAAUUA